ACUCAGCGGGUUUGACAGACUGUACCCCUGAGGUCAAGAAGAAUGUGAGUGUGAUCAGAGAUCGUUAUACUUGCAAACACAUUUUGGUGGAGAGCAGGCAAGUAGGUGAAGAAGACUGAGAACUGCUUCGCAGAGAAAAAUGAGCAAAAACAAUUUGUCAAGGAAUGACGAGCUUCGCAGGGGAGACUACCUAAUGUCCAACAAUGGACAAUGGAAGGCACUUUUCCAGGAUGAUGGAAACUUUGUCAUCUAUGGCUGGAAGCCUGUGUGGGCCUCAGAUACCUAUGGGUCUGAUGCAGUCCGCCUGAUCAUGCAGGAGGAUUGUAACCUGGUCAUGUACAAUGAAUCUAACAGGCCUAAAUGGGCCAGCGACACAUUCAAUCCUGGCUCUCAUGUUUGCCGUCUUCAACUAUCUGAUGAUGGGAAAUUGUGUUUGUAUAAAGAUGCAACAGAACUGUGGAACUCCACCAUGUCCAAAGGGGGAAAGAAAUGAAGAAACACAAAAAAUAAAUAAAAAUCUUACAAGAAAUAA